AUGGAUCGCGUGAAGGUGUUUUGUUUGCUGGUCAGCAUCGUGCUGACUUGUGGUGAGGCCUCCAAGAUCCUGGUGGUGUUUCCCAUGCCUUCCAGAAGUCAUGGUAACCUUGGAGAUGGUGUUGUCAGGCAUCUGCUGAAUGCUGGACAUGAGGUCACCUACAUCACACCGUUUGUUUAUAAGAAUCCUCCUCCAAAACUUCGCACCAUUGAUGUCAGUGCCACUUUAGAUGUUAUACCCAAGGACAUGAUGACGAUAAAGAGUAUCAUGGACAGAACUAUAGUCGUGGAGAAUAUUGGGUUUCUGAUAUACAUGAUGACGCAGGUGCUAAAGACGGCAGUGGAAACUGAAUCAGUUCAGAAGCUACUAAAUGACCCUAAAGAAGAGUUUGACCUUGUGAUUGCAGAGUGGAUGUUUAGUGAUGUUCCUGCAGGAAUUGCAACAAUAUACGACUGCCCACUUAUAUGGUUGUCAUCAGUAGAAGCACACUGGAUGAUACUUCAACUGAUCGACCAGCCAACCAACCCCGCGUACACAGUGGACAUCAUGUCAACAUACACACCACCAUUGAACUUCUGGCAGAGGGCUAAUGAGUUGUGGACUCAAGUGAAAAUCAAGUUCUUGAACUUUGUAUGGUUGGAUGGUCUUCAAGAGAGAGCAUACAAGGAACUAUUUGCUCCGUCUAUUACAAAGCGUGGCCGGCAGCCACCAUCUUUCGACGAUGUUCGUCAUAACGCGUCGAUGAUAUUGUCCAAUGCUUACGUAUCUACAUCGGUUGCUCAAUCUCUGCCACAGAGCCAUAAGUACAUUGGGGGAUAUCAUAUUGAAGAAAAAGGAACGGCUUUGCCUGAGGACUUGAGGAAAAUUAUGGACAAUGCAAAGAAUGGAGUCGUUUACUUCAGCAUGGGUUCAAAUUUGCAAAGCAAAGAUAUGCCUGACGAGAUCAAACGGGAUCUCCUGAAGAUGUUCGGAACUCUGAAACAGACUGUGCUGUGGAAAUUCGAGGAACAACUGGAGAAUGUUCCUUCAAAUGUCCACAUUCUUAAUUGGGCUCCACAACAAGCUAUUCUCUCUCAUCCCAAUCUCGCCGUCUUCGUAACACACGGUGGCCUCCUGUCGACAACCGAAGCUGUUCACUUCGGUGUACCAAUUAUUGGUAUACCGGUCUUUGCUGAUCAGUUCAUGAAUGUUGCCAAAUCAGUGAACAGAGGUUUCGCGUUACGAGUAGACCUUUCUUAUUCUCUGGCUGCAGAGCUUAAGGAAGCGAUACAUGAAGUUACUACUAACUCAAGGUAUGCAGAAAAGGCGAAGGAGUUGUCGUACAUCCACCACGACCGGCCAGUGAAGCCAGGAGUUGAGCUGGUGCACUGGGUGAACCACGUGAUCAAGACACGCGGCGCGCCACACCUGCGCUCCCCCGCCCUGCACGUCCCCUUCUACCAGAAGAUGUACCUGGACCUAGCCGCGGUCCUCGUCAUCCUGUUCCUGGCUGGACGAAUAGUACUAAAGAAAGUUUGUGCGGCAGUUUGUUCCAAAAAGAAAUCUGGUACAGGAGGGAAAAAGAAGAAUAAUUAG